AUGCUGCACGACGCGUACUCGCAAGCCGAUGGAGCAGCUUCGUUGUCCGCCACGCACUUCGCGUCGCACCGCAAGGCGAUCCUUCUCGCCUCCGCUCGGGUCACCAUCAGGGACCACCUGGGGAGACCGCACGACGUUCGAGCGCUUAUUGACCAAGGGUCCGAGGUCUCUCUGGUCACGGAGGCUCUGGCCCAGCGAUUGCGUCUGCCGCGGGACCGCUCUUCGAUGAAGAUAGCCGGGAUCGGAGGAGCAACCGGAACAACUCGCGGACGGCUGUCAAUGACGCUAUCCUCCCCAAUCACUGGAGCAGCAUUCCCGGUGCAGGCGUACGUUCUCCCGCGUCUCUCGACGUACCAGGGGCCCGUCGUGCGAUCCGGCAUCACCUGGCCUCACAUACGUGGUCUCCCGCUAGCCGAUCCACAAUACCUUGACCGAGAUCCGAUCGAGAUAUUGCUCGGCGCGGACGCUUACUCCGCCAUCCUCCAGGAUGGGCUCCGCAAAGGACGUAAGGACGAGCCAAUAGCGCAAAGGACCUCACUCGGAUGGAUCUUGUCGGGCGGUCAUCGAGCCACGACACGAGCCGGCCACACCGCCCAUCAAUGUACAGUCGAUCACGAGCUGAACGAUCUCGUGAAGCUCUUCUGGGAGCAGGAAAAGGAACCUGUCGCUCCCGUCGCGCUCACUCCUGAGGAGAAAAGAUGCGAAGACAUCUUCGCCCGCGAGCACUCACGCACUAACGUCGGGCGUUACAUGGUGAGGCUUCCCUUCGCCGGAACUGCACCCUCUCUGCCAGAAACCCGCCGGCCGGCCGAGCGUUUGCUCCACGCCAUGGAGCGCCGCUGCGAGAAGGACGCUCGAUUCGGCAACCUCUACCGCAGCUUCAUGAAGGACUACGAGGACCUGCAACACAUGGAAGCUGUAACUUCAUCAUCACAACGGGAAGAUACCGCACGGUGCUACUUACCGCAUCACGGAGUGUUGCGAGAGACGAGCACCACUACGAAGCUCAGGGUUGUGUUCAACGGCUCUCAGUUCACACCCUUGGGCACCUCACUGAACGCCAGCCUACUGACGGGAGCCAACCUCUUGCCAGCUCUCGCCGACGUGCUCCUUCGUUGGCGCUGGCACCGCUACGUCUUCGUGGCGGACGUCGAGAAGAUGUACCGCCAAAUUCUCAUCCACCAGGACGACCGCGAUCAUCAGCGGAUACUUUGGUGGCACAGUGCCGCCGACGACAUCCGCGAAUACCGCCUACGAACGGUUACGUAUGGCUUGGCGUGCGCGCCGUUCCUUGCCAUACGGACCUUGCACCAGCUCGCCGAUGACGAGGGUACACGUUUCCCGCGGGGAGCUGUCGCGCUGCGCCGCGAUACGUACGUGGACGACAUCGUGACCGGCGCCGGCACCCAUUCGGAAGCCACUUUAGCCCAGCGAGAGCUCCGCGGCCUCUGCAUGGCGGGCGGAUUUCCGCUUCGGAAGUGGGCGACGAACGACCUCCGCGUCCUGGACGGCGUUCCGCACGAGCACCGGCUCACCCACUCACCUCACUCAUGGUCUCACGAAAGCCACACAACACUAGGUCUUCACUGGCAUCCGGCCGGUGACCACUUCACCUUUUCACAACAGGCGCGUCACUUCGAUGAACUCACUAAACGACGCGUGCUGUCUGAGACCGCUCGAAUGUUCGACCCGCUGGGCUGGCUCACUCCGGUCACGAUGCGAGCAAAAAUCUUAAUCCAGUCCGCCUGGCUUCAGAAGCUAGACUGGGAUGCUCCUCUUCCAUCAACGGACGCACUUGCUUGGAAGAGCCUGCUCACUCAACUCCCACGCCUCAACGAGAUAAGGGUAUCUCGUUGGCUCGGCAGCGACGGUUCGCACUCACACGUUGACCUCCACGGAUUCGCCGACGCAUCGGAGCGAGGAUACGCCGCCGUGGUGUACCUCCGCUCCUCCACACAAAAGGGCACCACGAUCCACUUGCUCAACGCGAAGGGCAAGGUCGCCCCCGUGAAGCCCGUGUCCUUGCCGCGACUCGAGUUGUGCGCUGCCGCCCUCUUAACGAACCUCGUUGCUCACACGCGCACUUUAUUGAGUCUGUCCGCAGCCCCCGUCUUCCUCUGGUCAGAUUCCAAGGUCACACUUCAUUGGAUCCACGGUCACGCCUCCCGCUGGAAGACCUACGUGGCCAACAGGGUGUCUCUGAUCCAAGAGCAACUGCCCGAAGCGCGAUGGCGACACGUGCCGGGAAGGAACAAUCCGGCUGACUGCGCCUCCCGAGGAAUCCUGCCUGACGACCUGGUCGAUCAUCUUCUCUGGUGGACCGGACCAUCCUGGCUCCUAGAGGACGAGGCGAGGUGGCCAAGUGACGACGGCGCCCUGCCGGACGCUGACUUGCCGGAGCGUAGAGCCGUCGCCUCACUGGCGGCUGCCGUCAAGGACGUUUCCGAGUCGGCCUUCCUUCUCCGGUUCUCAUCGCUGCACCGGCUCCUCAGAGUGACCGCCUGGUGCCUUCGAUGGCGACGAAACGGCACCCGGAGACCUCGCGGCACCACUGACACCGCACGAUCACUCGAAGCUUGCGAAAUCGAAACCGCACUCACUCGCUGGAUUCACACCACUCAGGCACUGCACUUCCACGACGAAUUCAACGCACUACGCAAAGAACGUGCCUUGCCACCGUGGAGUCCGCUCACGAGUCUGAAUCCGUUCAUCGAUGACAGCGGAGUGAUGCGUGUCGGAGGACGACUGAAACACGCCAUGCUGUCUCACGACGAGCGGCAUCCUAUUAUAAUUCCGCCGGAAUCCAGGCUGACUCACCUCAUGGUCGAUUCCUGUCACCGGCGAACCCUGCACGGAGGAGUGCAGCUCACCCUCGGGUUGCUUCGCCAACGGGUCUGGAUCCUGCGUGGUCGAGCGGUGGUUAAACGGGUCAUCCACCGAUGCGUCACCUGCACGCGAUGGAAAGCCGCCGCUCCACAACCGAUGAUGGGCAAUCUCCCCCGAGAGCGAGUGACUCCUGCACGCCCGUUCCUGCGCACCGGAGUCGACUACGCCGGCCCGAUCUCCAUCCGGACCAGCAAGGGGCGAGGCCACAAGGCAAGCAGGGGCUUCAUCUCGGUCUUUGUCUGCCUCAGUACCAAGGCCGUUCACCUCGAGGCAGUCACUGACUACUCGGCAGAGGCAUUCCUGGCCGCCUUCCGCCGCUUCGUCUCCCGGCGAGGCCUCUGCCAUGAAAUCUUCUCUGACUGCGGCACGAACUUCGUCGGGGCGGAUCGAGAGCUGCGAGAGCUGUUCCGCGCUUCCUCCUCCGACGGCCGUCGGAUAGCUCUCGCUAUAACCUCCGACGGCGUGAGAUGGAGGUUCAACCCCCCGGCAGCUCCACACUUCGGCGGACUCUGGGAGGCAGCCGUAAAAUCCACGAAGCACCAUCUCCGCAGAGUCAUCGGCGAGGCCACCCUCACCUAUGAGGAGAUGGCGACGCUUCUCGCUCAGGUGGAGGCGUGCCUGAAUUCGCGCCCUUUACAGCCGCUGACGGACGACCCCGACGACGUGACGGCACUCACACCAGGGCACUUCCUGAUCGGAGCGCCCCUUCUGGCCGUCCCAGAACCGCCACUCACCGCCGAGAAGGACACUGCACUCUCCCGGUGGCGACUUCUCCAGAAGAUGCGCGACCACUUCUGGGAACGGUGGUCGCGCGAAUACCUGGGCACCCUGGCCGCAAGACCGAAAUGGACCAGGGAUGAGACCGGCCCCAGCAUCGGCGACCUGUGCCUGCUCCGAUCCGAGAGCACACCCCCGACCAGAUGGCCGCUCGCCCGCAUCACGGCACUGCACCCCGGAGAUGAUGGAAUCACCCGUGUGGUCACCCUCCGCACGGCGACGUCGAAGUUCACUCGGCCACUCGUAAAAAUCGUCCUCCUGCCGGGGGCCGACACCGCAGCACCAACAACUCCGGUCUCGUGA